UUCAAUAUUAGGCUCAAAUUUAAUGAAUAAUGAAAUGAUAAUAAUUUGUUACAAAAAUGGUAAUUGUCAAAUAUCUUAUCCUGCUGCUAAUAAAGAAUCUGAAAAUCCUCUUAUAUUGGAGACUCAUUUAACUAUUCAUUGUUGCCAUGUAAGUCAUUGCCAUAAUUAUUUGGCUAUAGUAGGACAAAAAUCGAAAGAUAUGCAGAAGAAUAAACAGGACGCCCCAAUCAAAACUUCUGAUCCAAUACUUAUACAUAUCUAUUGUACGAUGAUUGGAAAACUUUUGAACGUUAUCACAAUUUUGGAUUCAGGGAAGGAUAGUAUAAGCGGAAUAUCAUGGCAUUCCUCCUCCAAUUACCUAGCUUUUAUCAUAGCCGACAAUGUUUACAUUUACAGAAUUCGACAUAGUUAUUUGUGGUCUUACAUGAGCCAAACGGGUAUGUUAGCUUACUGUUGGCAGGUAGCAAAGCAAGAAGGGCCCGAACAUCCCACUCGCGCAUUAUCACAUACUACCCAAAAUUAUCGUAUGACAUUUUGCGAUAUCGAAGCUCAUAAGUUUCUGACCGCUGUGAAGGAUUACGAUUUGAACGAAGCGAUUGGUGAACGGGAUAAUUAUUUCCAAUUAUCGAUUUGUUCCAAUCACGAUACAACCGUGCUAGCUAUCCACAAUAUUAGUUCGUCCAAGGAAUAUUCUGACACUGAGAAAUGUUUAUAA